UUAACGGAGCUGAUAAGUGAUUAUCACAGUAUUAGACUAGAACAUGCGCAAAAUUUUGCGCAGAGUUGGUUCUCAAAUCCUCCAUAUUUGUCCCUGCAGCGCAUCGUUCGGCUUGUAGUACAAACCGACGAUUUCUUGAAAGGAUUGUUGAUUUAUAGAAGAACACCAUUUCCCGUCGUCCCUCGCAAGUCAAUUGGCAUUCAAUCAAGAAAAUGGCGGCGGUGGCCGGGUUGGGCCCUUUAUUGUACUCUCGGAGGGAAGAAAAAACGUUUUGAGUGUAUGAUAAUAGCUGUCUAAAUUUUUAAUUACAUUUAGCGCAUUUUUUAAUUAGUAACGCUGGGGCUUGAAUAUUUAAUCUUCAACAGUUUCGUCUAAUAAAGAAUUAUGGAAGAAGAGGAAGGAUUCGAAAAUGUUCCAUCCGAUGGCCCCAAAUCAUUGCAAGAAAAGUGCCACAAAGAAAGAGAAGGGGUGGAGGAAGAGAGGAGGGCUGGGAUGAGGUGUAACCAAGACCAGAGGGAAACCUCGGAUGACCAGCCCAGUGAACUGGAUGCUGCUGCUCUUGCUGUCUCAGAUUCCCUCCUCCCCCUUGUUUCACUGCACUGUUCCCCCCAUCAGCCCUCUGACAGUAUUGAUUUUGAUUUGGAGCUCACUGCAGAAGUAAGAGUGGAAGAUGGGUCAUCCCUCGCUUUCUUGUCCUCUAUCUCCCAUAGGUUCCAUAGUCGAAAGUCAGGCACCCUCUUGGAUCAUCUGCCCUUACAGUUGAAACAUCAGUCUUUAACAUGGAUAUCCAAACCGGAAGAGCAGUUUUUGAACAAUUUCCAGUGUCCAAUUUUUCUACCAACGCAACCCCAAGUCAUUAUUGUGACCCCUGAAUCUAUGAAAAAUAAGGUUAAUGGUUCCCUAUUAGGUGCAAUGCAGGCACCCAAAAGCCCCCUGCCUUCCUGCCCCUCUACACCAUCCUCCCCUUCAUCGGCUCCUUCGUCCCCUUCAUCUUCCCCCUCGUCCUCAUCUUCUUCUCCUGUUGCCGCAGCAACCAGUUUCCAUGACCGCGGUCAUGGUUGUGUUGCGGGGGUCUCCCAGUCCGAGGGGGGUACAGUUUCCUCCACCUCCAUCUCACUGCCCCUUCCUACUCGGUCACUUCCUCUGUCCUCCACUCCCUCUGUUCACCGCUGUUCCACACCUUCCCAUCCUGGCUCUGGGGAGGAUCAAGAGAAUGUGGAGAUCUAUGACCCUUUCCACCCGACAGAAGGAGAAGGGGAGCGAGAGGGAGGAGCAGCCAAAGAAGAAGAAGAUGAGGAGGAGGGAGACAAAUAUGACCCCUUCGAUCCCACUGGCUCGCCUGCCUCAGAGAGAGAAAAGGAGAGAAGAGUGGAGUGCAUUCUUAGUGUGGAGAGCGAGAGGGGAGAGACUAUGGGAGUGACAGGGGAACAAAAAGAGGGGAGUGACAACGAUGAGAAAGAAAUGACUCCUUCAUACUUUAUAGCCCCUCCUUCAGCAUCCCCCAUCUCCACUGAUUUCCCUUCACACCAUCCCAGACGCAGGGAAGAGAGAGGCAGGGAUGAGCGGGAGCAAGAGAAGGCAGUCAGGGGCAAAGGACCUAGAGAUCGAGUAAAAGACAAGGGAAAAGGAGGACGAGAAAGGAAGGAGACUAACUCUGACAACUCUGAAAUCGAGGAAGGGGAAAUAGUGGCAGCAGGUGAAAGGGACAGAAAGAAAAAGAGAGACCGAGACGGGGAGAGGGGGCAUUUCCCUGACAGCUCCUUUCUUCCCUCUUGUCCCAAGCCUGAGAGAAUCCUUCGAGUUCUGGAGGGAGAUGAUUUUGUGUCUGUGAGAGCAGAGGGUGACUGGAUGGUGGAGAGGGAUGGAGGCACCACAACAAGUGUGGGUGACCUGAGGAGAAAGCUGGUCAGCAGACGGAAAGAGAGGUACCGAUCAUGUCCCUCCUCGGCUUCACUGUCCCCUCCCCCUCCUCUCCCCCUGGCGACACCCCCUCCGUCUCGCCCCACUCCAACAGAGAAGGCAAAGAGCCGAAAGUCAUCAAAGAGCUCCAAGGAAAGGGAGAGACGUAAGCGGAAGCAGGAGGGGGAAAUCGUGGGGAAAAGGCGGAGGAAGAAAGCGAAGGAAGGAGGCAGCCAGGAAAGAAAGGAGGGGAAUAAGGACAGUGAGCGGCAAGGUAGGGACAAGAAAAGAAAAGAGGGCGCUAGUUGGAGUAGUCGAAGUGGCAGCAGCAAGAGGAAGAAGAGACGGACUACGCCGGAGCUUCCCUCUCAUUCCCGCUCUCACACCUCUCUCCACCAGCACCACAGCCAGCGCUCCUGGUCCAGCACUGCUGAAGAUCGGCACAAGGACAGGGAGAGAGACAGGGACAGAGACAGACACAGGGACAGGGAGAGAGACCGGGAGAGAGAGAGGGAAAGAGACAGGGAAAGAGAACACGAGAGGGACAGAGACAGGGACAGGAACAGAAAUGGGAGGCGGGAUGACAAGGAAAGAAGGAGGGAAAGAGACCACAGUAGCCAGAGGAGAAAGCGGGAGAGGGGAGAGGGAGAUGAGGAGCUGGGGGAUGAGGAGAGAGGAACGGGGUGCAGGCAGAGGGCGAGCCGAGAGCAGAGAGAACAGGAUCGUGAGAGGGAAAGGAGGAGGAGAGAUGGGCGACCUGUGGUCCCCCCGUCCAUCCAAGAUCUCAAUGGUUCAGACUUGUUCGCUAUCAAACGCACCAUUACGGUCACUACCACUACCACCACCACCACUUUACCUGGGUCACCCCAGCUGCCACAGACAGCCUCCGGUACUCCCCCUCCAUCCUCUAACAAGCAACACAAAAAGAAACACAAACGAAAAAGACGGCUGGAGGAAGAGGAUUAUGCGGAUGAUGAGGAGGGGCUGAGCCGGUCCAGAGACUCCUCUCUCACCCCACUGAGGUACCGCCUUGAUUACGAUUCGGACCACUUCUCUGACACACUCGGAGUAGACAUGCUGUCUCUAGACGGGGAGGCCUUGGAUUCGGACUACUCCCUGGAGGGCUCUCCUCUUCUUCCUCUUCCUCCCUUAACCCCAACUUUGAGCACUAAGACCAAGCCUAAGCUGAAAUGUGGGACCCACAGCAAAAAGAAAUCUCGAACAGGCAAGAAAACCACCGCCACGGACUCGUCGCUCAGACAGAAAGCCAGCAAGAGCCCUCCCUCUCUCUCCCCCACCUCCACUCCCUCAGUCCCUACUCCCACUCUUCCCAUGCCUACAGUGGCCAAACGGGCACGGAAAACGGGAAAGGAGAAGGAGAAAGUUGGGAAAAAGGAGGGCGGACGGUCAGGCAAGUCCAAAAAGUUGAGCAGCGGCUCGACCAAGAAAGGGAAGCUGCAAUCCAAGGUGUCGGUGCUGGUGCGGGAGGGGGUGAGCAGUACCACUGGUGGGAGCGGGUCAGGGAAGUUGGGAGGCAUUGCAAGCACUAAAGAUCUGGCAGGCCCAGGCGGGGCCAGCACUGGGACUGUAGUGGGUGGGUCUAUAGCGGUGGUCUUCCGAAGGGACAAUGAAAGCAGGUCCCCUUUCCUUAAACCCAGCUCUGAACCAAUCUCGCUUUCUAGGGGGAGUAAAGAGUUUGGCAAAGGCCGGAAGACUAGCACCCUCGUCCAUCCUUCAUCUUCCUCUUCGCAUGUUUCAGUUCUCAAAUCGAAAAAAGCCAAGCCCAGUUCCACUACCUCUGCCUCCUCCUCUGCUGCUUCUUCCCCUUCUUCCUUCUCCUUGACUAAAUGUAGGCGAAAGCUAGGGAAGAAGCAAAAAGAGAGGGAGAAGGGAAGAGUGGGUGUUCAAGGUGAUGGGGCAAAUACAACCUCCUGUGUGGAAGGUGGUAGUUGGCCCUUGUCAGUAUCAGACAUUCAGUCUGGGAGCACAGGCAGUGCUAAACCCUCUAGCCCCCCUCCGGGGCCUCCUGUCCCAACUCCCUCCUCCUCCUCCUCCUCAUCCUCCUCUACAAGUGUCCCCCCACCCUUGUCUCCUCCUUGUACGCCCCCUGUUGGUAUUCACCCCUCGCGUGACACCAGGGAAUCCACACCAGACUCUCAGACUGUCGACAGCAGUUGCAAGACCCCUGAGCCUAACUUCCUUUCUGAAGACGGCCCUACACAGUCCCAGACCACCCCGCUCACAUCCCCUUCCAAUGUUCCCUCCAGCCCCCUGCCCCAUCAGGCUGCCCCGGGGGGCGUGUCUGGCAUCUCUCAGUCUACUCCAGACCUCAACAACCCUAUGGAUGAUCAGAAAACUCCCACUUCCCCACCAUGUUCCUCCUCCUCCAACUCUCUCUCAGUUGCUCCAUCUUCUGUAGAGCCCAACUCUUCUGUUUCCUCUUCUUCUGCCAACAAACCCCCACCGCCUCCCCCACCACCUCCUGCUGCCCAGCCCCUGCCCUGGAGCUUGCAGACAGGAGUAGACUGCACCGCUGGAGGUGUAUUAGCCUUGACAGCUCUCCUGUUUAAAAUGGAGGAAGCAAACCUGGCCAAUCGAGCCAAAGCCCAGGAGUUCAUUCAGGCCACCAGCCAGAUUCUCUCCCACGCGAACCAGAGCCAAUCGCAGCAGCUGCCCCUGCCACCGUCGUCUUCAUCCUCAUCCUCACAACCUCCACCGCCUUCAUCUCUUGCCACACCCCCUGGCUCGACCCCUGCCCAGUUCAUCCUCCAUAGCUCUCUUCCUUUGGUUGGCUGCACCAAGACUCCGCCAUCCCACCUGCAUCCCAGCCUGUCAUUGGCUGGUGGAUGCACACAGACCCCGCCCCAUCCCAUGCUUGGGGUGUCUUCAGGGGCAGUUGGGGCGUCAAGUGAAACGGGUUGGGACAGUGAGAGCAAAGAUCCUGAAAAAUAUAUGAAGAAGCUCCACACUCAGGAGAGAGCUGUGGAGGAGGUGAAGCUGGCCAUCAAGCCUUAUUACCAACGGAAGGACAUCACCAAGGAGGAAUACAAGGACAUUCUGCGAAAGGCUGUGCACAAGAUCUGUCACAGCCGCACUGGGGAGAUCAACCCCGUCAAGGUCAGCAACCUGGUCAAGCUCUAUGUCCAGAGAUACAAGUACUUCCGGAAGCACGGACGGAAAAUGGACGAGGAAGAGAGGGAGGGGGCUGGCGGAGGUGUGACCAGUGAGCCAGGGGCACUUCAUUCUUCAAUGUGAUCGAUCCCCCCCCCCCCCUUCACCAGAGCACCCACUUGUAAUGAUGCAAGAGACUGUGAAGCAGAAAUCUGAUUUGUUCAGAGACUAGACUGGCAAUCACCUUCAUCCAGUCCUUUUUCCAUUCCUUACACCCUGUAAGCACACUGAUGGUGGAUCCCCUUUUCUUUGUCUUUGUGUUGCUGUACAGAUAUAUUGAUAGCAAUUCAAAAUAUACACACGGUACCAUGAUAUAUUGUAGAGAUAAAACCAUGAAUACAAAAUGCAGUCUCACGGACACUGUAUAUACUGUAAGUACACCAUGAAUGCACAGACCCUGCCCUCUCUCUAUUCUCUGUCUCUCAUGCACCCAGGUUGUGCAUAGGAAGUAUCAUCUGCUGCGUGUUGGUUGGUACAAAUAUAUGGAACUCACAUUCA